AUGAUAUCAUUGAGAUUAGCUAUUUCUCAGAGUUUGAAGAAGUCCAAACCUUUUGGUGGCUUUUGCUCUUCAACAAGUUUAGCAAAAAAAUUUUCAACCGUUAACCAACCGUUGAGAAAUUCUUCGCCAUCUUACGCUGGAGCUAAAUUGUUAAAGCAGUUCCAUAAGGAUGAUGUUAAGACCUCUGCAGAUGUAUCUAAGGUAUUAGUGAUUGGAUCGGGUGGUUUAUCCAUUGGCCAAGCUGGUGAAUUUGAUUAUUCAGGGUCACAAGCAAUAAAGGCCUUGAAAGAGGCCAAUAAGAAGUCAAUAUUGAUAAACCCUAAUAUUGCAACGAACCAGACAUCACAUGCAUUAGCUGAUGAAAUAUAUUAUUUACCGGUCACCGCUGAAUAUAUUACUUAUAUUAUUGAAAGAGAGAAGCCUGAUGGAAUCUUAUUGACAUUUGGAGGUCAGACCGCUUUAAAUGUCGGUAUCAAGUUAGAAAAGAUGGGCGUGUUUGAUCGAUACGGUGUUAAGGUUUUAGGAACCCCAAUCAAGACAUUGGAAACUUCUGAAGAUCGUGAGCUUUUCUCUCAGGCUUUGAAUGAAAUCAACAUUCCCAUUGCAGAAUCCGUUGCUGUUGAAACCGUCGAUGACGCUCUUGCUGCUGCCGAUAAAGUGGGAUAUCCAAUUAUUGUUAGGUCGGCCUAUGCUCUUGGUGGAUUGGGAUCCGGUUUUGCUGCUAACGAACAAGAAUUGAAGAAUUUGGCAUCUCAAUCUUUGUCUCUUUCCCCACAGAUUUUGGUGGAAAAGUCAUUGAAAGGAUGGAAAGAAGUCGAGUACGAGGUUGUGAGAGAUAGUGCUGGAAACUGUAUAACAGUUUGUAAUAUGGAAAACUUUGAUCCAUUAGGGAUUCAUACAGGAGAUUCUAUUGUCGUAGCACCUUCUCAAACGUUGUCGGAUGAAGAAUAUCAUAUGUUAAGAAGCGCAGCUAUUAAAAUUAUCAGACAUUUAGGAGUUGUUGGUGAAUGUAACGUCCAGUAUGCUCUUCAGCCAGAUGGAUUGGAUUAUAGAGUAAUUGAAGUUAAUGCCCGUUUGUCUCGUUCUUCCGCAUUGGCAUCAAAAGCCACAGGAUAUCCAUUAGCAUACACUGCUGCAAAGAUAGCUUUGGGUCACACAUUGCCUGAGCUUCCUAAUCCAGUGACUAAGACUACGACUGCUAACUUUGAGCCUUCAUUAGACUAUAUGGUGACAAAGAUUCCAAGGUGGGACUUAUCGAAGUUCCAGCAUGUAAAGAGAGAUAUUGGAUCAGCUAUGAAGUCAGUAGGUGAGGUUAUGGCAAUCGGCAGAAACUUCGAAGAGUCGUUUCAAAAAGCUAUCAGACAAGUUGACCCUUCCUUUAUUGGCUUUCAGGGAGAUAAGUUUGAUGACUUAGAUGAUGCUUUAAAAAACCCAACCGACAGAAGAUGGUUAGCGGUGGGUCAAGCAUUACUUCAUGAAAACUACUCUGUCGAUAGGGUCCACGAGCUUUCAAGAAUAGAUAAGUGGUUCUUGUACAAGUUAAUGAAUAUUGUCAACAUGUACAAAGAACUAGAAAAUGCCGGUAGCCUUGAUAAUAUUAACAGCGACCUAAUGUCUCGUGCUAAGAAAUUGGGGUUCUCAGACAAGCAGAUUUCGCUUUGCGUCAAUUCAUCUGAGCUUAAAGUUCGUAAAGCAAGAAAGGAUUUUGGCAUUGUACCAUUUGUGAAGCAAAUUGAUACUUUAGCUGCUGAAUUUCCAGCUAAAACGAACUAUUUGUAUACUACUUAUAAUGCAUCUAGUUCAGAUGUCGAUUUCACUGACAAUGGUACUAUGGUUUUAGGGUCUGGUGUUUAUCGUAUUGGAUCGUCCGUCGAGUUUGACUGGUGCGCCGUUUCCACUGCAAGGGCAUUACGUGAAUCUGGACAUAAGACUAUAAUGAUAAAUUAUAAUCCGGAGACUGUCUCGACUGAUUUUGAUGAGGUUGACAGGUUGUACUUCGAAGAAUUAUCACUAGAAAGGGUGCUUGACAUAUACGAAUUAGAGCAUGCUUCAGGUGUUGUUGUAAGUGUUGGGGGCCAAUUGCCUCAAAACAUUGCCUUGACAUUACAAAAGGAAGGCUGCAAUGUUUUAGGAACCAAUCCUGAAGAUAUUGAUAAAGCUGAAGAUCGUCAUAAGUUCUCCCAAAUUCUUGAUAAAAUUGGAGUAGACCAACCUGAGUGGAAUGAAUUGACAUCUAUUGGAGAGGCAGAAACAUUUGCAAACCAAGUAGGAUACCCUGUUUUGGUACGUCCAUCCUACGUGUUAUCAGGAGCAGCAAUGUCUGUUAUCAGAAACAAGUCUGAAUUAGAUGCAAAGUUGAAUAACGCUGCAAAGGUUUCUCAAGACCAUCCAGUUGUUAUUUCUAAGUUUAUCGAAGGAGCACAAGAAAUUGAUAUCGAUGGAGUUGCAAAUAAUGGUGAGGUAUUAGUUCAUGCUGUUUCAGAGCAUGUCGAGAACGCUGGCGUUCACUCUGGUGACGCUACGUUGGUGUUGCCUCCACAAGGGUUAUCGCCGGUCAUUCUCAAUAGAUUAAAAGAGAUCGCUGAUAAAGUUGCAAAAGCAUGGAAUAUUUCAGGGCCCUUUAACAUGCAGAUCAUCAAGAAUGACAAAGAUGGUUCUUUGAACGAUAGUAAUUGCGAACUCAAGGUUAUUGAAUGUAACAUUAGAGCUUCACGUUCUUUUCCAUUUGUUUCAAAAGUUUUGGGUGUUAAUUUCAUCGAUGUUGCAGUCAAGAGUUUAAUCGGAGAAAAUGUGCCUGCUCCAGUAAAUCUCAUGGAUGAGACCUACGACCGUGUUGCUACGAAGGUACCUCAAUUUUCAUUCACAAGAUUGGCUGGUGCAGAUCCCUUUUUGGGAGUUGAAAUGUCUUCUACUGGUGAAGUUGCAUGUUUUGGAACCAACUUAUUAGAUGCAUACUGGGCUUCUAUACAAUCGACAAUGAACUUCAAUGUCCCUCACCCAGGACAUGGAAUCUUAUUUGGAGGUGAUUUGUCCAACAGUAAACUUGGAGAUGUUGCCAAAACUAUAUCUAGCAAGGGCUACAAUUUCUACUCAGCUUCCCAAGAGGUUGCAAAUUAUUUAAAAGACUACGUUAAAGAAGAUGUUGAAGUAAUCGAAUUCCCGAAGACAGAUAAGCGUGCUUUGAGGGAGAUUUUUCAAGAUAAAAAGAUAGCUGCUGUUUUCAAUCUUGCAAGAGCAAGAGCAGAUGAUUUACUAGACCAAGAUUACGUUAUGAGAAGAAACGCAAUUGACUUUGGUAUUCCUCUUUUUAACGAACCAAAUACGUCCUUGUUGUUCGCUAGGUGUUUGAAAGAAAAGAUUGCAGAUAAGCCUACUUUUGACCAAUUACCGUCAUCGGUAAUUGUUCCCGAAGAAGUAAGGAGAUGGAGUGAGUUUAUUCAUGGCAAACCUGUAUAG